CAAGGAAUGCUCUCUGGAUCCCUGGCUCGCCCCUCCGAGCGUGGGACGGGAAGGGCCGCGCCGCAGGAAAUAACCGAGGGCGGCCAGAGGUCGGAGCCCGAGCCCAGCACGGCCCCGGGGACCGCCCCGAUCCGGGUAUCCACGCCUCGCCGGGCCGGCCCCUUCCGGCUCCUCCUGAAGCGGCGGGUGCCGGGGAUGCUGCGACUCGCGGGGCGUUGCGCCUCCGCAGGCCUGGCCGCCGCGGCCCGCGCCCCCGCCGUCCCGCGCGCCCCGGGCCCGCGCCUCCGUCUCUGCGCCGCGACCAUGGAGCGCCCCGCCGUGGGAAAACUAGAUUCCGGUACGUGUGAACAUAUAUCAGGAGAAGAGGAAGUGGCACGAGAACUGGAACCCAGCCCUGUAGGUUCCCUGACAGACAUGCCGUUUGCUGCUGUAGAUAUUCAAGAUGACUGUGGAAGCCCUGAUGUACCUCAAGCAAACCCAAAGAGAAGCAAAGAAGAAGAAGAAGAUAGAGGCGACAAGAAUGAUCAUGUGAAGAAGAGGAAAAAAGCCAAAAAAGAUUAUCAGCCCAACUAUUUCCUGUCCAUUCCGAUCACCAACAAAAAGAUUACAACCGGAAUUAAAGUCUUGCAAAAUUCGAUACUACAGCAGGAUAAGCGACUGACCAAAGCCAUGGUGGGCGACGGCUCCUUUCAUAUUACCUUGCUAGUGAUGCAGUUAUUAAACGAAGAUGAAGUAAAUAUCGGUACCGAUGCACUUUUGGAAUUGAAGCCAUUCGUUGAGGAGAUCCUUGAAGGGAAACACUUGGCUUUGCCCUUCCAAGGGAUUGGCACUUUCCAAGGUCAGGUUGGCUUUGUGAAGCUGGCAGAUGGAGACCAUGUUAGCGCACUCCUGGAGAUAGCAGAGACUGCGAAAAGAACAUUUCGGGAAAAAGGCAUCCUAGCUGGAGAAAGCAGAACUUUUAAGCCCCACCUGACCUUUAUGAAGCUGUCCAAAGCACCGAUGCUCAGGAAGAAGGGAGUGAGAAAAAUCGAGCCUGGAUUGUAUGAACAAUUUAUCGACCACAGAUUUGGAGAAGAACUAUUGUACCAGAUAGAUCUCUGCUCCAUGCUGAAGAAAAAACAGAGCAAUGGUUAUUACCACUGUGAGUCUUCCAUCGUGAUCGGUUUUGUUUGUUUGCUUUGUGGUUGUUGCUGUUUUGUAACACCGCAGCGGAAAAAGUGGAGAGAACUUUUCUCUCCGCCUCUUAGGUCUUGAAAUGUCCAUGGAAAUUUGUUCCAGUUUAAUUUUAUUUCAUGGGCAUAAAGAAAACACAUUCUUCAGGGCGCAUCACGUGGCCACACUGCUCCCCAGCUGGCCUUAGCAUGGUAGCUGCUAUUAAUAAUGGCUAGUGACCGGCUCCGGAAAUUUCACUACGGGAAGAAGAAGUAUAGGUGGCCUGUGACAGUCAAGACUUUGUUGCUUCUCUAAAGAAAACAUACUUGAGGGGAAGCCAAGACCCACACAGAGAUGGCUCGGUGCUCAUGCGUGAAGGCUCCUGCAGGGUUCGAUGAGACCAACCCGUUAGUUCCCAGGAGGAAAGUGUGUACACAGGAAGAAACUUCCCUUAAGCAGGCAGCUGCCAUCACCUGCCUUCUGGAAGGUGGGUACGUUUCGCAGGAGCCUGCCCUGUGGGACUCAGCUGUACUGUUUCUAGCGAGACACCACUGCCAAGAAGUGAACUUGAAGACAACCUGAUUUACAUGCCUUUAAAGUAACAUGAAGAUAUAUAUAUAUAUACACAUUUGUAAAUAUUUCAAGUUCUUCGGCCAAAGUGAUUUCUCACCAUCUCAAUUAAAAGGAUCUAUUUGUAUCCUAAAAGAACCAUCAUAUAACUGAAGUUUAUCGAAGGUUUUUAAAAAAAUGUUCAAGAGGCAAUUUUAUUUUCGAGUCCUCGUUACAGAGUGUGACAGACAUCAUCACCCCAAAGGUCCGUUUUAAACUGAAGAUUUAAAGUGGAGUUUGAGUUUUGAGUUUCACAUCUGAAACCCUCCUCCUAUUUCAAGGAGGAUGUUCAUGCUUUCAGAACCCGAGCAGGGGCCCUCUUCUGUCAGGUUCAGCUGACUUUCACACAGAGGGGCGAUGCAGAUCCUCUGUGCAGUGUGGAUUUUGGCGAGUUUUCCAGGUUCCACUGUAACUAGGUUAGAGCAACCUCAAAAGGGGGUGUGGAGCUUCAUUCGCUUCCAGCUGAUUAAGACAAUGAAAAGGUCGGAUUUUAUGGAAGAUCCUGAAAUUUGCAUUAUAAAACCUAUUGUGUACAUCCGACCAGUGGCCAGCAGGGGGCUCUGUUCCACCAGCUCCAGCAGGUUUUCUGCAUUCCUGUUCUUUUGCAGGCUGGUCAUCACAUUUCCUCCACUGUAGAGAGUGUUUAUCCAUCCUCCAUCUUCUACUGCAGAGUGACCGUUUCAUCUGCCCUGACCAAUUCUGAUUUUUUUGUACCAUUUAACAUUUAAACUGUAUUUUGUUUAUUACGGAUACUUUAUUUUUUUCUACCUAUCUCGUUUAAUUAUGACAAUAUGACUUUUAAAAUGAUGCCUCCUUCUAACGUAAUUUAUUAUAAUUAAGUGUAAUCUAAACUGGAGUUGCCCCCUUUUCUUUGCGUCUAUGCCUGCAUAGAGGCCUGGGUCUCUCCUCUGUUACUCUCCACCCUGUUUUUGAGGCAGUGUGAGGCUGGAGCUCACUGGUUGUAGAGUGGCUGCUGAGCGACCCACCUGGAUCCUCCUGUGUCUCCUUCCGCAGCUGGGUUUGCAGACGCUCUCUACCACGUCUGGCUUUCUGGUGGGUGUUGGGAGUUGCAAGUAAGGUCUUCAUACUUGCUACUUAGCACACUUAGAUCUUCCCAGCCCAGAUCUGCUAUGCAUCUCUAUAGCAUCAUUGCUAUUCAGAUAAAGAGUAGCAUGGAAAUCUGGGCGUUAAAACUGUGAAGCAGGGAUUGGAUUUUAGGAAUAUAUUAUUGCGCUAAAGAUCUUUGGCUAUUCCUCCAGCUUGGUAAGUGUGUACUAGAGAUUACACAUUGGCAGCCCUACCUUCUGUAUUUGAUUAACAAAGAGCUUUGAUGAUUUGUUUCAUAAUUUGAGCACUUAUUAUAGUUUGAAGAUAAAAGUCUCUUAUUGGGGUGUGUGUGUGUGUGUGUGUGUGUGUGUGUGUGUAUGUGUGUGUGUUUGAAUACCUGAUCCCCAGCUGGUGGCACCACUUGCGAACACUAUGUGACCUUUUGGACAGUGGCUCUCAUCCUUCCUAUUGCUGUGACUCUUAAUUCAGUUCCUCAUGUUGUGGUGAGCCCCCACCACCAUUAUUUAUAACUGCAAUUCUGCUACUAUUUAUUAUGAAUCAUAAUGUAAAAGCCUAUGUUUUCUGAUGGUCUUGAGUGUCCCCCCCAUGAAAGGGUGGUUAGACCCCUAAGGAAUCCAUGACCCACUGGUUGAGAACCACUGCUUUAGAAAGAAUGGCCUGGAUGGAGAAGGUAGAUGGCUAGGGAUGGAAUUUGAGGAUCUCUGCUUCCCGAUGUGCAGGAAUAUGAGCAAGCCCCCAUAGCCAUGCUCUGCUGCCAGCCUUCCUGUGUAGGGAGUGUAGCCCCAUCUGUGAGUUAAAGCAAGCUUUCCUCGAUCCCUGUUGUCUCCUUCUUACCACAGGGGGAAUGGAUAUGCUCACCAAUGUGGGAUGAUUUUAUAUUACAAACUUCAGAUUUCUGCCUUCUUGUGAACACUCCCAAUGUGGCUGUAUGGUUCCAGUGUCCUUCGAACUACCUUCAUUUCCUGCAUGGAGUAGCAGGCUCACUCAAGUGUGUCUGAAUAUUCACCCUGCACACUGUACAUUCUCACUGCGGCCAUUUCUUCUCUGUGCCUUCCCAUGGAGUAAGUGUUAGAGGAAUUUGAGAAAAUGUACUGUUGUCCCACCCAGGCAGUGAGACUCUGUCUUGAGGAUGAAAGGAAAUGCAAAGAUCUGUGUAGAGUACCAGAGGGCUCGUAGCAUUUGAGCUCGAGUAGUGCUAAUAAAGUACUUUUUAUUUUUAAAAACUGAUUUUUUUGUUUUGUUUUUGUUUUUUUGAGACAGGGUUUUUCUGUAUAGCUCUGGCUGUCCUGGAACUCACUCUGUACACCAGGCUGGCCUCGAACUCAGAAAUCCGCCUGCCUCUGCCUCCCAAGUGCUGGGAUUAAAGGUGUGUGCCACCAUGCCCAGCCUCUGUUUUUGUUUUCAAGUGUAUUCAGUUUUCAUAGUUUAUGCAGUUCUUUCUAGAAGGCCGCCUUAUGAGAAGAACAUUCUGCACUCUGCCUUAUCCAUAGUCCCCGUAGGUUUACAGCUUUCUCCCACAGAGUACAGGGAAUGUUUUCAAAUGUUAGAAAAGACACAUUUGAGAUGUCUCAUAAGUAAAACUUGCGAUGAUGAUAUACCUAUCUAUCAUUGAGCCCCUUAGAAACCUAACGUCAUUUAGCAGCUAAAAUUUGAAUCUAGAAGAAGGAACCCAGUUUUCCUGAUGUAGCCAGGGAUGAGAAUAUAGCCCAAAACCCCUAGGACUGUGUGGGCACUUGACUUAGGCAUUUCAGUAGUGCUCAGGCAUCUCUUUUCCAUUUCUAUUUCCUUAGGGAAGGUAAUUGACCCCUUUGUAAAGCUGAUGAGCAGUUUAGGGUUUUCAAAUACUGGUUUACUUUCAAGUGAGACAUACUUUAUAGGAAGCAGUGGUGAAAUGGAAAGGUCUAGAUGCCUUAUUCCCAGAGCAGCGUAUUUACUUAUGACUUCUCAAAGCAGAGGUAGAAACAAUAAUUUUGUGUGUGUGUGUGUGUGUGUGUGGUGGUUUGAAUAUGUUUGGCCCAAAGGGAGUGAGGUGUGACCUUGUUGGAGGAAGUGUGUCACUGUGGGGGUGGGCUUUGAAGCUCUGCCCAGUGUGGAAGAGACAGUCUGCUCCUGUUCGCCUUCAGAACAAGAUGUAGAACUUUUAGCUCCUCCAGCACCAACCAAGCCUGCCUGGCUGUUGCCAGGCUUCCUGCCUUGACGACAGUGGAUUGAGCCUCUGAAUCUGUAAGCCAGUCCCAAUGAAAUGUUGUCCUUUAUAAAAGUUGUCUUGGUCAUGGUUAACACUAAUUUGGUGACAUAGUACCGUGUGUUUACUCCUCUCUGGGAGAUCGGGAAGCAGAAUAAGACACAGCCCUGGAGAACGAUACAGUGUCACUGACAGCUAAGACGGCUGCCGAGAAGCAGAGAGGAAAGAAGAGGGCUUGUUCCUGGCAGUUUGGGCUUUGGUAUCACAUCGUGGAAGAACUUUGUAAUCUUGUCUUGUGGGAGAGAUGAGGGGAGGAGAGUUUAACUGAGCAUGGAGGAGAUGAGGGGUGGAGUAGGAGGCGUUUUAGAGCAGCAGAGAGGGCGGCAUUGGGCAGGGGCAGUGAGAACCACAGCAAACACCUGUGUGAACCAGCAGGAUCAGUGAAUGAGGACGCUACAAACUGGGCAUUCUAGGCUCUGUGUAUGUGUGAACAGAUGGGUAGGACUGCCCAAGCUGAGGAGGUAAAAAUAUACCAGAGAGAACCAAAAGAAUAGUUGAGGGAUAAGUGGAGCUUAAUUCUCAGGCUCUUACAGAUGCUUCUCAUUUGUGAUGGACUAUAUACAGCCCAAUAAACUCAUGGCAAGCUGAAAAUACUCUUAAGUAGAGAGUGCAUCUAUACACAUAACCUAAUGGCCAUCAUAGCUUAGGCAGGCCCACUGUGGCAUGCAGUUUAACCUAUAGUUGUGUAACUCAUUCGACACAAAGGGGUGUGUGUGUGUGUGUGUGUGUGUGUGUGUGUGUGAGAAAGUCAAAGGGCAAACUCAUAUAUCAUUUCUCAGGAGCUGUCCACAUUUCUCUUUUUCAGACAGGGUUUUCACUGGUCUUGAACUCACUGAGGAGGCUUAGCUGACCUGUGAACCUCAGGGAUCCACCUGACUCUGUUUCCCAGAACUGCAAUUACAAACAAGCCAAUUCACCCAGCUUUUCCCCUCCCCUAUUUUGUUUUAUUUUAAUAAUUUUAGCUUUAAAUUUUAUUUUUUCUUAUUUUAACAAGUCAUUUUAUACAGUACAUUUUGAUCACUCUUUUCCCCUUCCCCAACUCCCCCCAGUCUCCCAGUCUCCCCACUUUCCUACCUACCCAUGUCUUUAUCCCUUUCUUUAAAAACAAGCAAACAAACCCCCAAGAAACACACAUUCUCAUUUUCUCUCUCUCUCUCUCUCACACACACACACACACCACAAAACACAAUCAGAAAUCAGAAUAUAUAAGCAAAAGACUAAUAAGAAAAACUUGCCCACACUCAGCAUUCUAAGAGUCUAAAGUGUGGCAGUUAUAUCCAGUGAGGCUCUUUGGAGAAGACACUUUUUCCUUUGUAACUGUUCACCCACCUUUUUAUAUGGGUUCUGUGACUGAACUCAGGUCUUCAAGCUUGCUCAGGUCAGCAAGCACUUUACCAGCUGAGCUCUGUCUACCUCCCACCUUACCACCUUCGGAGAGCCUGAGGUCACUAAGUAGCCAAGGAUGACCCCGAACUUAGGAUUCUCCUCCCUUCACCUCCCAAAUGUUGAGAUAUGCUAAUACAAUUUUGACUCAAUGUGUGUAUCCAAACGUCACAGGGUAUACAACAUUGUGUAGAGUGCUGAUAGCUUGCUCUUGCGAUCAUGCGGUCGACAGGCAGCUCAGUUCCACCUGAGGUCUGGAGACAAGAGUCAUGCUAUACAUUGCUAGCCUAGGAAGAGGCCAUAAUUCAGAUGGAAAACAUAGUCUCUUCUGACUAUGUAUUGCUUUUGCUCUACUGUUAAGCUGAAAAUUGGAGCAGAACCAUUGUAAAUCAGGACAGCAUGAAUGACUGAGUCUGUCAAUGGUAGUAGGCCAACAGAAUACGAGGCCCAGACUGUAGGGUUGAAAGCCUAAGGAGAAUCCUGAGUGAGCCAAAUCCACGCAGAGAUCCUGUUCAUUGCGAGUGUCCCCAGGAAGCCUGGUGGUAGAGAUCAUCCUUUGAGUCUGAAAAGCUUGUCUUGUUCCAUCCGGGCUUCUUGAAUACUUGAGCAGGGGAUAAUUUAGCCAAUGGGAAGGACUUGUUUUGAACAUGCAGUUGAAUGUCUGACUGAGGAUCCUUACCUCUGACUUGAGUAUCCCAAUCUCUAGUGAUGUGUGACUUAGGGGCCAGGACAUAAAGCUGCCCACUUGGGCUUGUGUGCACUUGCACUCUGUGUGUGUGUGUGUGUGUGUGUGUGUGUGUGUGUGUAUGAACUCUCUACAGAAAGGAACACUGCCAGGAAUGGAGAGAUGGCUCAGCAGUUAAAAGCACUUGCUGUUCUUCAUACCUGAGGUCAGCUCUCAGUACCCUUGAGGGUCUCACAACUGUGGAUAAAUCCAGUUCCCUUCUAGGAGAUUAGAUGCCCUCUUCUGUGUGCGCACUCUCUCUCUCCCUCUCCUUCUCCGUCUCCGUCUCCCUCUCCCUCUCUCUCUCUCUCUCUCCCUCUCCCCUCCCUCUCUCUGUCUCUGUCUCUCUCUGUCUUUCUCUGUCUCUCUCUCUGUCUCUCUGUCUCUCUCACACACACAUACAUAAAUAAACAUAUUUUCCAAAAAGAUAAAAAUAAACCUUAAAAAGAAAAAAGCAAGCCAGUGUGACUCACCUUGGUUUGCACUUGAGGAACUCGGAGAAGGAAAUCAGUGGGGUUUGUUUAUCCCCACUGGGUGAAAGACAGGAAAGAAAUCUGAGAGCUUUCUAGAAUCCUUGAGCCUAGAGCUUUGUUUGAUAAACAUUUAAAACAUUUAGCUUGGCAGCAUGCGUGUGACUCAUAUCAUAUGCCCACUUGAAGAUCCACUCAGUAGAGUGGUGAUAGAUCUGUCCUUAUCUGACUCUUCAUUUUCUUUUUGCAGUAGAAAAUGCACUUCAUUGUGUUUGUCUGUGGAUGAACCGCGGUUCUAAUAACUUGCUAAAUACCUUUGUGGGUUUUACACUCUUUGAAAAAAAUAUUUUAGGUUCACCAGCUCUUUGAGAUUGGUCUCUUAGACACCUUUAAUGUGUCCUUGAAGACAAAGUUGUUUUUUAUAAAAAUAUAAGACACCAUUUGCCCCUUCCACUGGGUCAUGCUAAAGCAUUGGUGAGUGAAAGGGAGAGAGAGAGAGAGAGAGAGAGAGAGAGAGAGAGAGAGAUAGACUGACUGACUCAGAUUUGUGUGUCUGUGUCUAUAUGACUGUAUCUUUGUCAUGUGUAUGUGUAGGCAUAAUUUUUCAGUCUAUUUUAUUUGGGUUCUUUUGUCUCUACCUCCCUUCCAAUCUUUAUUUCUUCUAACAUCCCAAUACCAGGUAGGGGAGAAAGAAGGUUAGAGCCAGAUUGGCUUGGAGAGAAGUUUCUUGAGUGUUUGUAGAUGCUGCAGUCUAAAGUGGCCAUUGCCCUUCUCCCAGCUGUUUUCUUGAAGAACAAUAGACAGCCGACUAUGGUACUGACAAUAGACAGCCUUUGGUACUGAUAACUGACAGACUAUGGUACUGACAGGUGUUUUUUAAAAAAUAAAGACACAGACUUGUCAUAGUUUGUACAACUGGCACUGCAGAUGAUAAAAACUAAGAUGCAGAUGAUAAAAACUCAGAUUCUGAAGUAAAAUUUGGGAACCCAGGUGGGGUGAGUCAGAGAGUAAGGCUGCUUGCUUCCACACCUGACAUUCAUCUCUGACUUUGCAGAUGCCAUACUCACGUUCCAGCUACAAAAGAGGGUAAGAAGAAUGCUAGAAAUCUCAACUCUAUUACCACAAGCUUGCCAACAUCCUAAACUUAAAGUAUUUUCCACAGUUUUUAUUACAGGAAAUCAUGUGCAUAGGAGUAGAGAUUGUAGUGUGUGACAAUGAACUGUCUUCUUGGUUUGUUUUUAAUCUGUCACAUCAUAUAAAAUUUAGAAAACCCUGUUCUGUGAUGUGUAAUGUGAAGGCCACACACAUUCAGAUCAUGCACGGGACGGAGGUUUUACUUGUGGAUUCUCUGGGAAGGUAUCAUCGCCAUCAAGAUAGAGAUCAGUUCCAACACCCUUUCCCCUCUGUUCCUGGCCGGUCCACACAUAAAGCCUUUCUAGUGAGAUGGGGUGAUGUUACUGGGGGUGAGUUUUUGAUGUCAUAUGAUGCAGUUGUGCUGAAACCUGGAAGGUGUCAGUUAACUCCAUGGAUUUACAAGCUCACAUAGGGGGCAAAGAUCCACUGGAGGACCAAGAGAGAGGAAAGGGUCUGUAUGUAAAGGACAAGAAGAAGUUCAUUGUGACCUAACUUGAAGACAUUACAACUUGUCAGGCUUGAGUACAGACAGCAACACGGACUCUUCACAACUCUCUUGAAUUCAGUAAAUAUCUAUAAGAAUAACCCCAUAUAAAACUCCGUGGGAGGAGAGGCUGUCAAAAAAUUUGCAUCUCACAAAGAAUCCUUAAGGAAAAACAUUCCAAAGCCUGCUGCAAUGAAUGGGUCUAAGAAGUCAUGGAUUUUGGCUUUCAGAAUUUUGGCCAAUAUUACUUCCAUAGACUAGUUUUAAUGGUACUUGUUACUCUGUAUUAAAAUACAAACUAGUUUAAUUCUCUGUCUUACUUUUUCCGUCUCCCCAUCUCCCCAUUUAACUUCCAUUUGAAAGUCCCGAGGUAAAAAUGUAACAACUGCCAAAAUACGGCAGUCUCUCAGGGACAGAGCUCUAAAGUAACCAUCUUCCGAAAUCUAGAUUCUGUGAUCUAACAAUGUCUGUUUUGUGAUGGAGCGAAGUUGAGAAGCUUUUGUUUCUUUUGCAGAGGCCAAUGGGGAAAUGGUUAAGAACGUUUCACAUUUUAGGCUGAUCUCAAUGAAUCCAUCUUAAGCAUGUUAGGAGGGAGAUCAGGUUAUCAUCCAAGGGAACUAUGUUCCAUUUCUUGCUUGACAACUUCAGUUAACUGGACAUUUUUGUUUGUUUGUUUAAAAGUAUCACAUAGUUUAAUGACAACACAAUACGAGAUACUUGGUUGUUUCCUUUGUAACUUAAAUUGGUUGACUAUAGUUUGCCAUCUGCAUGGUGUAUUAUGUAAAUGGAAAGAAGGAUCUAUUUACUGCUGUGCUGUGAUAAAAAGAAAACCAAGACUCUUCUGGCUUGGCCAUUGCCUCACAUGGCCUUAUUUAACAAGUAUAAUAUUGUUGAAAAAGUUGAGCUUUUGAUAUGCUAAAUAUUAUAUAUUAAUUGAUUUAUUGAUUGAUUAUAUAUAAAUUAAUAUAUAUAUAAAUUGAAUUUAAACUCAGUUUUCAUAUACUUUUUUGAUAAAACACUUGUUUUCCAAGAAGAAAUUUGAAAUUUCAUUUUUACAUGCCCCUUACCCAGAUGAAGAGCAACCUAAAAUUGGAAUUCUUGGGUCAUUUAUUUAUAUUUGUGUGAUUCAGACAAAGCUUUAAGAUAUGUAACUGAGAAGAUUAACCCUGGAGUGGCUCACAGUAUUUUAACUGGCCUAUCAGAUGUUAAUCUGGAUACUGGCACAAAGUGGCAGUUGUGGUCUAGGCUAGUCUGAAAAUCCAUCCAUCUGCUGGUGUGUGGUCACACCUUGUGGUUUAUUAGACAUUUUGGGAGGCAUGGAUUAAAGAGGCAACACUAAGUGGGAAUUCUCUUCUGACAAAAUCAGCUGUUUGACUAGGAUGGAUCGGUGAUAGAUCACCUUGUGAGUUGUUUGUGGAGCCUUCAAUUUGAAGUGUAUUUUCAAAAAGUUAAAAUGUUGAACUCCCAGUUUAAAAAAAAAAUUACAAAUAAAAUUCUGUACAGGGGAGUUGGUUUUCUUUGUGUAGCCACUGAUAGGGUGAUCAUUCUCCAUUGGAUGGCAGUGGGUCCAAGAGUAUGUGGACAGUACAAAUUGUACUUUGUGGUCUUAAAACAAGAAAACCAAGAGGAUACAAGUUGGGUGGGAGUAGGCUGGUGAGUGUGAUUAAAAUAUGUUUAUUAAAUUCUCAAAGAACUAAAAAUAAAAACAAUGCAGGGAAUUAUAUAACUGCCAGGAGAUAAAGCUAAAAACCAGCAUUUAACCAUGAACUCAGAUCCAUUGUAGUAAUGUUCACUGAACACACCCAAGAUGGGCCAUAUCAACAGUCAGUCAAGGAAGGGGGAGGGGCUCCUGGGCUCUACCCCACCUCUGCACUCCUGGCUCUUCAUAUGUCCUGAAGAGGGAGAAUCACUAUCUAUAGUUGUAUACCCUAUCACUGUAUACUGAGCCCACCAGGCUCCCAUGGACGGCUGUAAACCCACAGGCACAUGGAUGACCCUGGUUAACCUUGGGUCAUACAAUGAAAUAGAUAUACAUAAGUGCUAGAGAGAUACUUAUGGGGAGGUGGGAUGGGGAGGGGGUCUGUAUGCAAGGCAUGCUUAUGUGAAAUUGGAAAGAAAGUAAAAUAAAUGUUAAAAAAUAGGAAAUGAAUAUGAGGAUAUCCUGUUGCCAGUAGUCAGUCUAACUAAUCCAUCACAUUAUCAUGGUGUCUAUGAUAAAAGUUUCACUAUCCCAACUACUACUUAAUAAUAUUUCCCAAAUGCUCGGCAUAUAGUUCUGACUUACAUAUGUGUGUAUUUUGGAGUGCUUACUACAAACAGGUUCUUACUUUUCUAAUAGUAGAACACCUGUUUUUAUAUGUAUUAUUAAAUUACCAUUAAAGACUUGCAUUAUUCCCGAGCCUCCAUUAGAUUGGUUCAUGAUCAGCACUGCAUUUCAAAAGCAAGGAUGCACAUGUAGGUUUCUGUAAUGUUUGAUAUGGCAUAUAUGUAUCUAUGCCAUAGGCAUAGGUUGUGGAACUGCUAGCUCAUCUCCAGACAAAGCUUUAAGAUAUGUAACUGAGAAGAUUAAUCCUGGAGUGACUCACAGUAUUUUAACUGACCUAUCAGAUGAGCAGGUGGCUCCCUCAGUUGCUCACUAAAUAUUUUGAGGCAGAGUCUUCUUCUAAACUCCGAGCUUGCAGACUCAGCUAGAUCAGCUGCUGAAUAGACCCCAAGAAUCUUCCUGCUUCUGUCUCCCCGCUGCUGGGAUUACAGCUGGGUGCCACCAUAUCCAGCUUUUGUAUGUGGGUGCUGGGGAUUGAACUCAGGUCUUCAUGGUUCUGCUGCAAACACUUCUCAAGAGUUCCAUCUCCCCAGGCCCCCUUUCUUCCCUUUUUUUUAUUUCAUCAAGGCUCCUAGCCUGUGGGAUGGCGUUCUUUCAGGGUGGGUCUUUUUUCCUCAGCUAAUCCCCUCUGGACACACCCAUCAGAGAUACCCAGAAGUAUAUCUCUCUCUAAAUAUUCUAAAUCAGUGGUUCUCAACGAACGGGCUGUAACAGCUUUGGGUCAGUUUUGUUCCAAUAAAAAUACACCCUACAUAUUAGAUAUUUGUAUUAUGAUUCACAACCGUAGCAAAAUUGCAGUUAUGAAGUAGCAAUGGAAAACAUUUUAUGGUUGGGGGGGGUCAUCACAACAUGAGGGACUGUAUUAAAGGAUCAAAGCAUUAGGAAGGCAGUGUUAUAAACCCAGUUGACAAAGACAAGCAACUAUCAUGAUGUCUGUGAGUGCCUAGUGUAUAUACAGACAUGGUUGAAGAUGGUUUAGUUGUGUUAGCUGUGAUAAAGUUGACAAAUGUAUAUAUUAUUCAAAAUAAUCUGGUAAUGAGAGGAGAUCAUAGGAGACGCAGUUGUCAUACAGUCAGUCCUCCUCCAUAUUAGUGAGGGGUGGAAGAACCAGGGCUAGAACAGGAGGGGGGGGAGAGGGAGAGGGAGAGGGAGAGGGAGAGGGAGAGGGAGAGGGAGAGGGAGAGGGAGAGGGAGAGGGAGAGGGAGAGAGAUCGCACUAGUGAGCCAGCAGAGUACAGAGCUGAAAACCCAGCGAGUGAGGUAGACUCAGGCCCUUUUCUACUUGUGCUGCUGCUUCCCACGUACACAGCUUUGUGCACAGCACUUGACUCCAAGCCAUUUAUAAAAUGAGGACAGUGGUUGUGACCCCCUGCGUCUCCUGUGAAUGCUGAAUGAGGUCAUACAGACACGGUUAGCAUCAGGCCUGACUACGUUGUGCUCAUUAUAAUUGCUGCCUUGUGCGGCUUUCCUGAGCCCAGGUGAGGACUUAAGGAAAAGUUAGUAAAAGAAAAUGCUAGGCUUUUUGUUUGUUUGUUUUUAGUCUGUAUUGGGAAUACAGGCAACAAGAAUUGAGAUUCUUAGGAGAGUCAAGGCAUUCAAACAGUGUACUGAAGAAUUUGUAAACUGUCUUUACUGGCCAUCUUUUCCAAUGGGAGAGAGUAACCUGAGAUCUGGUGUUUAGCCUGAUGUUUGAGUAACCUAUGAAGUUCCUUCAAUGGUUAGGUUCCACACUUCAUCGAUUUUGUGCAGGACUUGAUGAAAGUCCCUGAAAGGCAGGAAUCCUCCCUUGGCAAUGCUGGGUUUUCUUGCUCUUCUGUGUCUAUAGCUGAAAAUAGAGGGCUCGCCCUCUUUUGGACCCUGCGUUCUCAUCUGCUCUGAUUGGUUGAACUUCUCAGUUUCAAAGUUAAGUUUACCCUUAGAGCCCCUAUGCUUCCUGUAUUAGCAUACAAAAGGUGUUCAUUGUGGUGACCACUGUGUGGCAGGCUGGAGAUGCUGAGUAUCAGACCCCCUGUCACUGUCAGCUAGCCGUCUGCCCUUGCUCUCUGCCCUCUGAGCAGGGAGGUGAGUCUCCCAUGUAAUUUACUUCUCAGCACAGGAAAGGGCUUUGGCUACACAUGUUGUUUAAAGCUGGGCAGCAUUUGCAUGAAAGAACAGACCGAUAGUAACCGUGAGGAGGCAUUUGAGAACUGGCAUCAAGCAGCGUUUCAUUAGAUGAGAUCUUAGAUACCCGUUGUGGAUUAAUUGGUAAAGAACGAGCUGGCUGGGGAGGCUCAUAUCUACAGCUCCAUCACUUGGGAAGCCAAGGCAGGAUUGCUGUGAGUUGUGGCUACCCUGCACUAUAGAGUGAGACUCCAAAAUCACAGCACAAAACCAAGUAGAGACUUAUUUUUAUAUCCUUAGUUUUCUAUGUAUCUCUGCCCUUCCCUUAACUCACAUAUGCUUUGGAUGGCUUGUUAUAUUUUUCUUCCGUAUGCUUUAUAGGAAAAAAAAAAUCUUUCCAAUUACAUGCUAAAAUUACACCGAGAAUGGCAAUUUACAACUACACAUUUCUAUAACUUUUAACUUACAAAAAGAAAGAAAAGUACUGUAAAGAGAGGCAGGAAGUCUGCUGGGAUCUGACCCAGUAGGAGUGACAAGCCAGUAAGGAGUCACACACUUCAGAGGCAGGUCUAGACAGACAGACUGACAGAAACUCCUGAAGGGCGUAAAGUAUAAGGACAGCGUUUGCAUAUCAGUAUUCCUGGAUGUAGCUUCUGAAUCUUUUGUUUUAGCAACAGAAAGACUACAAAGAUGCAGGAGUGUAGCUUCUGGGUCCGCGCAACAGACCAGUGCUUAUUGUGUUAUUUGUUUUUCUUCUAUGAACAUCGAGAAAUCAGGCCUUGGGUGUAGCUCAGUUGGAAGAGAGCUUUCCCAGAAAGCCCUCAUGCUUCAUUUCAGCACCAGGAGUGGGGGCACAUGCCCGUGGACCAGCACGUGGGAGGUGGAGCCAGGAGGAUCUAAAGCUCAGAGUCAUGGUUGGCUCUGUGGCUAGUUGAGGCCAGCUUUGUCUAGUGUCUAGUUGUCUCUAAACAAACAAACAUAAAGAAAUAAACUACAGUGUUGGAUAUGAUUAUCCUAUUUCCUUCAGGCGCAAUAAUUCAUCUUUUGAGAUCUUAGUGUUUGUGAUUUUUGUUCACUAACUUUAUUAAGCAUUUAUGUGUAUGUGUACACGUUCAGAUAUAUCCUGUGUGCAUAUGUGUGCAGGUGCAUAGGCGUGUGUGUGUGUGUUUGUGUGUGUGUAGCAGAGGUCUAGAUAGGGUGUUAUCCUCCAUUUUUUUGAGACCAGGUCUCCCACUGAAUCUGGAGCUUGCCAAUUUUGCCAGACUGACUGGCAGCGAGCCCAAGGGACAUCCUUUUCUCUGCCUUGCGGCACAUGCUGCCUUGCCCAGCUUUUACAUAACACUGGGGAUUUUAACUCAGAUCCUCAUGUUUGCAUUGCAAACAGUUUGCUGACUGAGCCCUCCCUCUAGCUGGUCUAGGGCCUUAGCUUAUGUUCCAUUGAAACUAUGGCAUUUUUCUCUUAACGGUUUCCUUUUGUGUGUCACCUAUCACACAAUCACAGACUCUCCAUGCUGUGUUCCUUGUUUUAAAUGCAUAUAUGUUCCAGAAUUUGGAGUGAUAGAGCAGGUCUUUCCUCUCAUCAUGCUUUAGGAUUUAAUGUCCCUUUUCUCACCACUAUUUUGAAUAAAAGGCUCUUUUUAUUUUCUUUCUUACGUUGCUACAAGUUAUUCAACUUAAUGUUUUCUUUAACCAAUCAGCCGAAAGGCUGAAGAGCAAGAAUUGACAACAACAACAACAACAACAACAAUUUGUAUAGCUUUAUAGUCACAUUAAGUAAUUAAUCAGAAACCGGGUCUCUCUCUCUGCAGCCCAGGCUGGCCAAGAACUGGUGGACUCUCAGCCGCAGUGCUAAGUGUGGAGUGUGCAGGUGCUCACCGACAGCUCUGGCUUCAGAGUCAGGACAGAAAGAUUUGCUCUUUAUUUUGAGUGGAACUUUUCCUCAAAAGUGCUCUGAAGUCCGUGUGUGUGUGUGUGUGUGUAUAGAUAUAUAAUUAGUCACAAAUGAAAAAAGAUGAGCAGAGAACAGUUGCAUCAUACUUAGGCCUUAUUUGUCUAUUAGAGACAGUAACUGGACUCAAUACUUCAAAUGUCAUGGACAUAAGGCAGUUGCCACCCUCAGAGUAUUGGUUUCAUUCCUGCCAUUUUCAACCAUUAUAAGAAAACCCCCAAAUCCUAGAGGAGAUAUAUAGUGCUCUAAGCACCAUUUGCCUGCAGCCAGGCUCCCAAGAGAAGCAAGCAGAAAAGGUUAAGGUUUGUGUUUAGAUCAACGCUCUCAAACUUUAUGUGCCAAAUACGCCUCUCUCUCAGUUUUAUUUUAUUUUUUUAACAGCUUAUGAUUUUUUUUAUUAAAAAAAACCCAAACAAUAUUUCAGAAUGUAAUAAAGACAAAAAUAUUUUAGGCACACCCAGAGAAAAAGUAGUUAUAAGUGAAAUAGCUUUUAAAAUUAUAAAAGUCACCAAGAAGAACCUAUGAACAUGGAGGGAUCAAGGAAGGUUAAAAAAAAAGAAGCUGAUUAAAAAA